UUCUAUUCCCAAAAUUCUAUGAUUUCUAUUCUCUUCCAAAAGCUCAGUUUAGCUUUCCGUUUAACCCUCCUGAUUUCUAAGCCCUGUUUUACCCUCCCAACCCGAAAAGCCACCUCCAAGUUAUAUGCUCUAUCUUUUUUUUUUGUAUUUUCUUUGAUUUUUCUCUUCAUCUUUGAUUUUUUUGUAUCGGCACCCGGACAGUUGAUUUGGGAGGUAGUGAAGAAGAACAAUUGCUUUUUGGUGAGGCAGUUUGGAAGAGGAACUACUAGCCUUCAGUUCAGCAAAGAGCCCAACAAUCUCUACAACCUCCACUCCUACAAACACUCUGGGUUGGCAAACAAGAAAACAGUCACCAUUCAAAGUGGGGGCAAAGACCAGUCUGUGCUGCUAGCAACCACCAAGCCUAAGAAGCAGAACAAGCCUUCGGCCUUGCUUCACAAGUCACUCAUGAAAAAGGAGUUCGCCAGGAUGGCCAAGGCGGUCAAAAACCAGGUGUAGUUACUUGCCAUUCAA